AUGGCGUCACGACGAGAUUUCUUGAGCCAGCAAGCCCCCGAAAACUAUGUCGCUGGUCUGGGUCGAGGCGCGACUGGUUUCACCACACGAUCUGAUCUCGGUCCCGCUCGAGAAGGGCCCAGCGCAGAACAGAUACAGGAAGCGCUUGCUAAGAGAGCAGCACAACUGGGCGCUGCACCUCCGACCGCUUAUGGAGCCACGGGAAAGAAGCCAGAAGAGCCAGAGGACGACGAUGAGCGAUUUCAAGACCCCGACAACGAGACCGGCCUGUUCGCCUUCGGACAGUACGAUAGAGACGAUGAUGAGGCGGAUAGAAUCUACCAGGAAGUAGAGGAGAAGAUGGAAAGACGGCGGAAAGCUCAAAGGGAAGCACGAGAACGAGAAGAGAUCGAAGAGUACAAUCGAAAGAACCCAAAGAUCGCCGAACAAUUUGCAGACCUCAAGAGACCACUCGCCACGAUAACCGACGAGGAGUGGGCGAAUCUCCCCGACCCCGGCGAUCUCACGGGCAAGAAUCGAAGAUCGAAACAGAACUUGAGGCAACGGUUCUAUGCCGUUCCGGAUAGUGUGCUGGCUGGCGCAAGAGACUCGACCGAACUCCAGACGACUGUUGAAGAUGACGGCGCAGACACUGCGGUGAGCGCCGACACCAAAGACGGAACAAUGACAAAUUUUGCCGCGAUCGGUGUCGCCAGAGAUAAAGUGCUCAAGGCCAGGCUGGAUCGAGCCGCGCAAGCCGAUGCCGGGACCGGUACGGCUACUGCGAUCGACACGAAAGGAUACUUGACGAGUCUAAAUACGGCGGAGUUCAAGGCCUCAGAACUGGCCGUAGGAGACGUGAAGCGAGUCAGGGUGCUGCUCGAGUCGGUCAUCAAGACCAACCCUAAACAUGCUCCGGGAUGGAUCGCCAUUGCGCGUCUGGACGAGUUAGCCGGAAAAAUUGUCUCUGCCCGGAAAUUGAUUGCCCAAGGCUGUGAGCAGUGUCCUAAAAGUGAGGAUGCGUGGCUGGAAAACAUUCGACUCAACGACAAUCACAAUGCGAAGAUUAUCGCUGCGAACGCGAUCAAGAACAAUGAACGGUCAACGAGACUGUGGAUCGAAGCGAUGAAACUAGAAUCAGACCCCCGAGCCAAAAAGCGGGUGUUACGGCAAGCGAUUGAUCAUAUUCCUCAAUCUGUUGCAAUCUGGAAGGAAGCAGUCAACCUGGAAGAAGAUCCCGAAGAUGCCAAGUUGCUGCUUGCCAAAGCCACUGAGAUUAUCCCCCUUUCAGUCGAGCUAUGGCUUGCUCUGGCACGUCUGGAAACUCCAGAGGCUGCCCAAGCUGUUCUGAAUAAAGCAAGGAAAGCUGUACCGACGAGUCACGAAAUCUGGAUUGCUGCAGCACGGCUACAAGAGCAGAUGGGCAAUGCACACAAGGUCAACAUCAUGAAUCGUGCCGUCAAGGCUCUCGUCAAGGAAGGCGCCAUGCUCAAGCGUGAAGAGUGGAUCGCUGAAGCAGAGAAGUGCGAGGAAGAGGGCGCCGUACUCACCUGUGGUGCCAUAAUCCGAGAGACCCUCGGCUACGGACUUGACGAGGAUGACGACCGCAAAGAAAUCUUCAAGGACGAUGCAAAAGCCAGUAUGGGCCGAGAUCGGUUCGAAACCGCUCGCGCUAUCUAUGCUUACGCACUUCGCAUCUUUCCCACUAGUAUGUCCUUAUGGAUUGAGGCGGCAGACCUUGAGAGACAUCAUGGUACAAAGGAGGCGCUCUGGCAGGUUUUGGAAAAGGCAGUCGAAGCCUGUCCAUCUUCUACGAAGCUGUGGCUACAACUUGCUCGAGAACAGUGGUAUGCUGGCAAUGUCGACGACGCUCGUCGCGUCCUCGCAAGAGCCUUCAAUCAAAAUCCAAAAUCCGAAGAAAUUUGGCUGGCGGCGGUCAAACUGGAAGCAGAUGCAAAGCAGGUCGACCAAGCCAGAGAACUGCUUUCUACGGCAAGACAGCAAGCGUCUACGGAGCGAGUGUGGUACAAAAGUGCUGCUUAUGAGCGACAGCUGGGUAACAUUGACGUUGCUCUGGACCUGGUUCUUCAAGGUCUUACUUCUACCGUUGUUGACAAGAAGGAGACUCGAUUCCCUCGUAGUGCCAAAUUAUGGAUGAUCAAGGGCCAGAUUUACGAAGACAAAGGUAUGAUUCCACAGGCACGAGAAGCAUAUUCGCAAGGUACCAGAGCUGCUCCGAAAUCGGUGCCACUAUGGCUUCUCGCCGCACGACUCGAAGUGAAGGCCGGUAUCAUCAUCAAAGCCCGAUCUGUCCUUGACCGGGCCAGAUUGCAGAAUCCGAAGAAUCCCGAACUCUGGGUGGAGAGUAUCAGGAUUGAACUGAAUACAAAACCGCCGAAUAUUCAACAAGCAAAGACGUUGAUGUCGAAAGCACUACAAGAGUGUCCGAAGUCAGGACUGCUGUUGUCUGAAAAUAUCUGGACACUCCAGCCUCGGACGCAGCGUAAGCCUUUGGCCUUGGAAGCCAUCAAGGCUGUGGAUAACGAUGCAAUACUCUUCGUGACCAUUGCACGGAUCUUCUGGAGCGAGCGAAGACUCGACAAAGCGAUGAGCUGGUUCGAGAAAGCAAUUGUGUUGGACCCCGAUCUUGGCGAUACGUGGGCAUGGUAUCUGAAGUUUCUCAUGCAACAUGGCACUGAGGAAAAGCGAGAAGAUGUCAUCAACAAAUGCAUAGCAACAGAGCCGAAGCAUGGAGAAGUUUGGCAGCGAGUUAGAAAGGACCCGAAGAACGCAUAUUUGAGCACCAAGGAGGUCUUGAUGGAAGUAACGAAGAAACUGGAAGCCAAAGACAUUGCUUAG